AACCCCCCACGCCGCCGCACCGCAGCUCGCAUUCGCAAUCCAAGGUUCCAAUCCGCCGAGCCAUCACCGCCUCGUCGCGCCGCCCGUCCACGGCCCCGCUCCGAUGGCCCGCACGAAGCAGACGGCGCGUAAGUCGACCGGCGGCAAGGCGCCGAGGAAGCAGCUGGCCACCAAGGCCGCCCGCAAGUCGGCGCCGGCCACCGGCGGCGUGAAGAAGCCGCACCGGUUCCGCCCCGGCACCGUCGCGCUCCGCGAGAUCCGCAAGUACCAGAAGAGCACGGAGCUGCUCAUCCGCAAGCUCCCCUUCCAGCGCUUGGUGCGGGAGAUCGCGCAGGACUUCAAGACGGACCUCCGGUUCCAGUCGUCGGCGGUGGCGGCGCUGCAGGAGGCCGCGGAGGCGUACCUGGUGGGGCUCUUCGAGGACACCAACCUGUGCGCUAUCCACGCCAAGCGCGUCACCAUCAUGCCCAAGGACAUCCAGCUCGCGCGCCGCAUCAGGGGUGAGAGGGCCUGAGCGCCGGGCUUCUGCUUCUGCAUUGUCGUCGUAGCGAUAGAAUUGGAUUGGGGGAAUUUUUUUUCUUGCCGUGCUAUCCUGUAGUCAGAUUCUGAAUGGGUUCGACUCGUUGCAAUGGAACGUGAUUGCUAGUUUCUGAAAUGUCUGAAUGGCUCUGUUUUUGGGAGAUUUGCUCUCUGAUCUUUGAAAUAACUUGUUGAUUGCACGGGAAAAGAGUAGGUCUGCUGGAGUUGAAUUUAGCAUUUUCCAUUUUUUUCCUUAUGUGCCUGUAUAAUUGAUUUUCUGUCAAAAAUGAAAAAGUUGCUCUCAA